CGAGACCUCGGCCCCACCACGGUGCCGAUGGACAUGGCCCCCAACUCCUUUGAUGACCAAUAUGAAGGCUGCGGGCAAAUGAUGUGGGGUAAGAUACAGAAGGUGAACUAUACUGAGUUCACCAAGAAUUAUGUCUACGCUGAUGGCUGGAGGAAGGCAGCUGCGGAAUGGCAGAAGCGCUGGGGCCACCUCUCUCACCCCCCACAGCUAAGACGGGAGCAGGCCAUCGCCGUGCUGGCAUACACUGCUGCAAGCAAGCUAUACCAGCAGCUGAAUGCAGCCACACGUCAGGGCGGACGUUCCCAUCAGUACUAUUGCCUUUACUUCCACUUCAAGACGCUGCACUUCCUCCUGACCCAGGCGCUGCGUGCCCUGCAGGCAUCCCAGCCCUUCUGCUACAAAGUCUAUCGCGGUGUUGGGGGUGUCCGCUUCACAGCCCAAAGAGGGACGGCUGUGCGCUUCAGCCAGUUCACCUCCACCUCCCUAAGGAAGGAGGUCGCAGUGAAGUUUGGCCGGGACACCUUGUUCGUGAUUAAGACCUGCUAUGGUGCCCCAAUCAAGCAGUUCUCCUUCUACCCCUUGGAGGAUGAAGUCCUCAUCCCACCCUUUGAAGUCUUUGAGGUCACCAGCUUCUCCGUCGUCAAUGGCAGAAACCAAAUCCAUCUCCGCUCUAAGGGGAAGAAGAGUAAACACAACUGUGAGCUUCUAAAGCGUCCGUGUGGGCAGUGGGGUUGGGGCCACCAGGAGGUGGGGUUGGGGUUCAGCCCUGGGCCAGCUCUGCACUCCCUGGGCUGCUCCAACUGCAGCUGGUGGGGAUCGGGGCACAGAGAGGGUGACCCCAUCCCAGCAGCUCUGUAA